AUGGAUGUCUCAGUCUCGAACGUUACUUCUGCAGCCAUGUUAUCCAACCAAUUGGUGCUUGGAUAUGAAUAUAGAGUUGAAAUUUUCUCAUGUGUGGAAAAUGAUAGUUGUGCAUUGGAAUUUGCCAUUGAUUCUGAAGAACAAUCUUUUGGCGGUUUAUUGUCCUUCUCAUCCAAUGGUAACUAUCUCUUAGUUGGCGCACCAGACAUGGUUGAUAAUGGAGUAGUAUUCCUUUACAAAAAGUCGAAUUCCUCUUCCGCAUGGGGUUUGAUAAACAGGUUGGCUAAUCCAUCUAGUUCAGUGAGCGUUUCUCAAUUCUUGACCAACAUUUUGUUACCUCAAAUUAAAACCAUUGUGGGUAAUGGUAUGCCUGGAUAUGGUGGAGAUUCAGGAGCAGCAACUUCUACCUCCCUUCUAUUUCCAACAAGUAUUGCAGUGGAUUCUAGUGGAAAUAUUUACAUUGCAGACACUCAAAAUCAUAGAAUUAGAAAAUUCACAGCACUUACUGGAAAGCUUUCAACCAUUGCUGGAACAGAAGAGGAAGGUUAUAACGGAGACAAUAUCAUUGCUACAACUGCUAAAUUAAGCUCACCAACAGGUGUUGCUCUCGAUUCGAUUGGAAAUGUCUAUAUUGCUGAUAGCCAAAAUCAUAGAAUUAGAAAGAUUACAAUCUCAAAUGGAAAGAUUUCUACCAUUGCAGGGGAUGGUGAUGCUGGUAGUCCUUUGUAUGACGGAUUAUCAGCCAUUGCUUCAUCGUUGAAUAAUCCAACAAGUGUUGCUGUGGAUCAAUCUAGUUCAAAUACUGUUUACUUUGCAGAUACUAAUAAUUCAAAGAUUAGAAAAAUUACCUCUUCAAAACUUUACACUGUUGCUGGAACAGAUUACACAUACUCUCCUUAUAUACAACCCAAUUUAAUUUAUGAAGGACUUGCUCAAUAUAUCAAGAUUUCAUCCCCAAUAAGUGUUGCAGCAAGUGGAGGAAAGAUUUACUUUAUUGAAAAUUUGAUCAAUACGGUGAGACAAGUCGUAGUUCAAAAUGGUUAUUAUACCAUGACUACAAUUGCUGGUGGAUGUCGUCCAGGAUUCCCAUCCACAACAGAGUUUGCAUGCUUGGAUUCACCUUUUGGUAUUGCUAUUGGUCCAAAUGGUGAUGUCUAUGUUGCUGACAAGUCUAAUGCAAGAAUUAAGAAGAUUAAUCCAACAACCAAAACUAUUUCAACAAUUGCUGGUGGAAGCGGAGCUGGGUUUGAUGGAGAUAAUGGGCCUGCCAUCUUGUCAUCUCUCAAUGAUCCAUGUGGAAUUGCAGUUCAGUCAAAUGGUGCUGUUUACAUUGCAGAUACUAAAAAUAAUAGGAUUAGAAAGGUAUUAUAAACUUAUUUGUAAUUUC